GCCAUACCUUCAGAUCAGAGACGGUCAGGGCACCAACAGAGCCCUCAAACAGAAGAUCAAGAAGAAGAAGAGGAAUGGCGAGACACGGCAGUGCCAGACCGCUGUGAUCAUCGGUCCAGACGGCAUGCCCCUGACCGUCUACCCCUGUCACAUCUGUGGUAAGAAGUUCAGGUCACAAGGCUUCCUCAAGUGUCACAUGAAGAACCAUCCUGACCACCACGUUAAGAAGUACCAGUGUACCGACUGUGACUUCACCACCAACAAGAAGGUCAACUUCCACAACCACCUGGAGUCCCACAAGCUACUGGUCCAUCACAGAGACAGAACCUCUUCCCCAGACUACCCAGAAUACAACAGGACCACCCCAGAGUACCCAGAAUACAACAGGACCACCCCAGAGUACCCAGAAUACAACAGGACCACCCCAGAGUACACAGAAUACAACAAGACCACCCCAGAGUACACAGAGUACACCCGGCGUUACCACGAAGACAGCCAGCUAGGGUCUAACAAGCUGAUCCUGAGGGACAAGGAGUCCAAACUGCACCACUGUAAGUACUGUGACUAUGAGACUGCAGAGCAGGGGCUCCUUAACCGCCACCUAUUGGCCGUUCACAGUAGGAAUUUUGCCCACGUGUGCGUGGAGUGCGCUAAAGGCUUCCGUCACCCGUCAGAGCUCAAGAAGCACAUGCGGACCCACACGGGCGAGAAGCCGUACUGCUGCCCGCACUGUGACUUUCGCUGUGCAGACCAGUCCAACCUAAAGACUCACAUCAAGAGCAAACACAGUGCCGACCUGCCUUUUAAGUGUGGCCACUGCCCCCAGGCCUACGCAGACGAGGGGGAGCUGCAGCGGCACACAGAGAUGGUGCAGGGACACAAGACCCACCAGUGUCCCCACUGUGAACACAAGAGCACCAACUCCUCUGAUCUAAAACGACACAUUAUAUCUGUUCACACCAAAGACUUCCCUCACCAGUGUGACGUGUGUGAGAAGGGCUUCCACCGGCCCUCUGAGCUGAAGAAACACUCCGAGACGCACAAGGGCAGCAAGGUGCAUCAGUGCAGGCACUGUAACUUCACGACCUUUGACACUUUCACCCUCAGCAGACACAUCCUGUCCGUUCACACCAAGGACCUCCCCUUUAAGUGUAAACGCUGCCGGCGAGGGUUCCGCCAGUCCGCGGAGCUGAAGAAACACAUGAAGACCCACAGCGGGAGGAAGGUGUACCAGUGUCAGUACUGCGAGUACAACAGCCCGGACGCUUCAGGAUUCAAACGCCACGUGAUCUCGAUCCACACCAAGGAAUACCCCCACUGCUGUGACUACUGUUGUAAAGGCUUCAGAAGGCCCUCGGAGAAGAGUCAGCACAUAGCCAGACAUCACAAAGAUAUGCUGAUGGAACGUUGUUAAUACAAUGUUGACACAACGUUACCCGGACAGACAGACUGACACACUCACUCCUUAGUCUAUGUAGACCUUUUUCACACCACGAAGGGGGAACACAUUUAGG